CCAGUAUAUCCUGAAACUUGAAAAAGCCUAGAAGAGUUGAAACUUGAAAAAGCAUAGAAACUCUUCUGGGUUUCUAACUUGAAAGCUAAAAAUGAGAGUUUUUUGUGCAAUCCGGCCAUCAAUGGAUCUCUCUUCUCUGUCCAGAGGACCCUUCCUCAUUACCAGGACUCGACUUCCUUUCCCUGAGAAACUCUACUUCUGCAGAGCAAAGUUUGCUGAUUCUGAGGCAGAUGGAUCUUUUAGUUUAAGAGUGGUGCCUCCAACUCUGAUUACAGCAGAAAAAGAAGAAGCUAAGGCUGUUUUAACCUUGUUCUUGAAGAAGCAAGGUCUAAGCAAUGCAGUUGCUGCAAGGAUCAUCAACAAAUCAGGCCUUUUUAUUGACCACCUAGUGUCGACGCUUCAUUCUGUUCAUAAAUCUCGGUAUCUCGUAGGAAGAGAGCUCACAACUCUUGAGAUCAGGGAUGCUCUUACCCCUUACCUUGAAUCUCUCCUUGAAGAGCAUGGAAGAACUCUGGUCAAUGUAGUUGAAAAUUUUCCUGACCCACCAGUUAAAGAUAAACCUGUAACGCAGGUAUCUCCUCCAGAUUCAGCCGUUGACUCCAAGAAGUUAAAAGCUGUCUCUCGUGUUAGUGAGACAGGCCCAGCAGGGAAGCUCCGUCCUCAAGUUCUCUACCUCAUGGAGCUUGGUAUGGAUCUUGAGAAGAUCAAGGUAAUUACACGCAGAUUCCCAUCUUUUGCCUACUACAGUCUGGAGGGGAAAAUCAAACCUGUUGUUGAGUUCCUUCUUGAACUUGGUGUGCCAAAGUCUGACAUUCCCAUCAUUCUCAGUAAAAGGCCUCAACUGUGUGGAAUCAGUCUCUCUGAAAAUCUCAUACCCACCAUGACAUUCUUAGAAAAUUUGGGUGUGGACAAGAAACAGUGGGCAAAAGUUAUAUACCGGUUUCCUGCACUUCUUACUUAUAGCAGGCAAAAGGUUAAGACAACUUUAGAUUUCCUCUAUGAAAUGGGCAUUUCGUCAGAGAAUGUUGGUAAGAUUCUAACACGUUGUCCAAACAUAAUAAGUUAUAGUGUGGAGGACAAGCUACGGCCUACAGCUAAGUACUUCCGCUCAUUGGGUGUUGAUAUUGCUGUUCUUCUACUACGAUGUCCGCAGACAUUUGGCCUUAGCAUUGAGGCAAAUUUGAAGCCUGUAACAGAAUUUUUUCUUGAUAAAGGAUACACUGUGGAGGAAGUUGGGAUUAUGACUUCAAGAUGUGGAGCAUUAUAUACUUUUAGCUUGGUAGAUAACUUGAUACCGAAAUGGGAUUUCUUUUUAACCAUGGAUUAUUCAAAGUCAGAGCUGGUUAAAUUCCCUCAAUAUUUUGGCUACAGCUUGGAGGAGAGGAUUAAACCACGAGUUGCAGUUGUAAAGGAGUCUGGUGUGAAAUUACUGCUGAAUCAGAUUUUAUCAUUGUCAAGUCGUGACUUCGAAAAGGCUUUGAAGAAGAAAAUUGAGAAGCAGCUUACAGACCAAGUAUAACUGAUUCAUAUAGAAAGUAUCGACGUCAUAUUUUUUCAAGAAUGAGGUUUUGCAGGUAUUUUAAGACUUUUCUUUCUGAUGAAGGAACGAUAUGAUGGGAAAAUGAACUUGUCAUAGGGAAAAGAAAGUGCUUUCAACAGACUUCAGAGGUAACUUACCAUUUCUAAGUUCAGGUGUGACUUACUGUUUUUUUUGCAAAACCUAAAAACGACCUUCUUAGGGGUUGGCCCCAUUUUGUAUGGAAGAACGAAGAAGCAUUUAAGAUGUAGAUGUUAUUCUAGGUCUUUUAACCCAUCUUAUUUUAAAUUACCUUCAUGGUGAGUGUAUAUUUUUAUCCCUUCCAUAGGAUGUGAUUAUUGUGUUAGAGUUUCAUUUCAUGUUCUAAGUUCAUUCCAACGCUUUGGGAUGCAUUCUGUCGCUGACUUCUGAUGUGAUGACAUUUUAAAGUUUGAAGAUGAUGUCAUAAGGAGCCAUCUUUACUUUC